AUGGCAGUGAUUGGUUUUCAAACUCUCUUCGACAACACUUCGUUUUAUGUCGACGACGGGACGGUCGACGACAAAAAUGCUGUCGCAGGCUCUGCUCUACGCCCGUGCGCCGCCCGUCCCGGCCCCGCGCCACCGUCCCGGCCCCACGCCGCCCGUGCGCCGCCCGUCCCGGCCCACGCCGCCUGUGCGCCGCCCUUCCCGGCCGCGCGCCGCUGCUCCGGCCCGUCGACGCCCGUGCGCUGCCCGUCCCGCCCCCACGCCGCCUGUGCGCCGCCCAUCUCGGCCGCGCGCCGCUGCCCCGGCCCAUCGACGCCAGUGCGCCGCCCGUCCCGGCCCCACACCGCCCGUGCGCCGCCCGUCCCGGCCGCGCGCUGCCGUCCCGGCCCCACGCCGCCCGUACGCCGCCCGUCCCGGCCCCGCGCCGCCGUCCCGGCCCCACGCCGCCCGUGCACCGCCCGUGCCACGACCCGUCGCCGCCCGUGUGGUAUUCGCCCCGGCCCCAAGCCGCCUGUCCCGGCUCUUCGCCGCUCGUGCACCGCCUGUCCCUGCUCGUCACCUACUGCACAGCCGAGCCGCAGCCGAGCCGCCGAGCAGCCCAGCAGCCGAGCCGCAGAGCAGCCAAGCCGCCGAGCAGCCACGCAGCCGAGCCGCCGAGCGUUCGAGCCGCCCUUCUUCCGAGCCGCCCGACCUGCACAGUCCGAUGACCUGCAGCUGUUCUUACAGUGCGAUUGGGCAGACGGUCUCUCUCUCUUUGACCUCACCUCUGGCACUGCCCCUGCCCCUGCUGCUGAUGCUGACGCCACUGUUCGCUCCCAGUGGGCCACGCGCGACGCUGCUGCACGUCUUGGUGUGCGUCGCCACCUCCCUACCUCUGAGCGUGCGCACUUUAGUCAGUACAAGAGUGCUCAGACCUUGUACGACGCUGUAGUUGCGCGCUACUCCUCCCCUGCCACUCCUGCACUGAGCCGUCUCAUGCUACCGUACCUCUUCCCUGACCUUGCUGCUUUUCCCACAGUCGCUAACCUCAUUACGCACCUCCGCACUAGUGACACUUGCUACCGCGCUGCACUCCCUGCUGAGUUCUGCGCCAAGAACCCCCCUCCCAUGUACAUCACCCUCUACUACAUAGUCACUCGUCUCCCUGACUCCCUUCGCGUAGUCAAGGACCACUUCCUCUCAGUCUGUCCCACCACUCUCACUGUCGACCUCCUCGAGAAGUCCCUACUAGCGGCCGAGAAGGGCAUUGUCGCUGUAGGGGCCUCUCGUGGUGACCCGCGCACCCCCAUCUUUGAGGGGUGUUCCCCUUCCCCCCUUCUGCCCUUUGUUGCCUCUGCUGCUGCGGCCGACCUCCUUGGUCUUGAGUCGGUCGGUGCGGCGUCUGCCCCUAGUGGGAGACGCCGCCCUGGCAAGGGCAAAGGGGGCAAGGGCACUGGAGGAGCGAGCGGGGGCGGUGGAGGUGGAGGUGGCGGCAGUGGGGGGAGUGGGGGUGGCGGUGGGGGUGGAGGUGGGGGUGAGGGGGUCGGUGGCGGCAGUGGAGGCGGAGGUGGCGGCGGUGGCGGCGGUGGAGGCGGCGGUGGAGGAGGUGGCGGCGGUGGAGGCGGUGGCGGAGGCGGCAGCGGUAGCGGAGGCGGCGGAGGCGGCGGAGGCGGCGGAGGCGGCGGGGGUGGCGGUGGAGCUGGUCGCGGGUCUUCGCAGAGGAGUGGCUCCGGUGGUGCCACGCGCCAGCAGCAGCAGCGCGGUUGUGAGGGCCUGUCCCCUCAGCAGCUACGUGAGUGGUACACGCAGCGUCAGCGUGGUGGGAGCUUUGGUCCCUGCACCUACGUCCUUCGCACCGGCGACCGCGCGGGUGAGCAGUGUGGGGGUGCCCACACCGCCCAGCGCUGCUUUGGCCGCCUGACAGACGCUUGGCGUCAGCAGUUCCCGGAGGCCAGUGAGAUUCCCCGCUGGGGAGAGCUGUUUAGAGCAUGCGUAGCUAUCUUUGAUCUUGACUUUGAUGCUAUCCUUGCUGCCAUGUAUGCUGUGACUAUUAGUGAUGCGGGUGACUGUUACCGGUGUUUCCCGCCCGACCCGGGCAUUGGUACUGCUCUAGGUGCCGGUGAGGCUGCUGCUCUAGGUGCCAGUGCGUCUGCGCCCUCAGGUACUGGUGAGUGUGCGCUCUCAGGUACUACGUCGGCUUCGGCCUCCCUCACCUUCACCCUUGACUCUGGGGCUUCUCGCUCCUUCUUUCGGGACCGCACCACACUCACGCCGCUUAGUCGGCCGGUUGCGGUGUCUCUGGCUGACCCCUCUGGGGGUCCUGUCCUGUCUCGCUUCUCUACAGUCCUCCCGUGUCCAGCGGCUCCCUCUGGCACCCUGUCUGGUCUCUACCUCCCCUCGUUCUCUACGAACCUGCGUGCUGCCCCUCACUCCUCCCAAUUUCCUCCGACGGAGGCCCCGUUGCUGACGCUUCACAUGGACGUGUGGGGCCCAGCCCGCGUCCGUGGACAGGGUCACGAGCGCUACUUCCUGCUCGUUGUUGACGACUACUCGCGUUACACCACAGUCUUCCUUUUGCGCAGCAAGGGUGAUGUCACUGAGACCUUCACGCUUCCGGACUCACCGCAGCAAAAUGGGAUUGCUGAGCGCCGCAUUGGCAUGGUCAUGGACGUCGCUCGUACGUCCAUGAUGCAUGCGGCUGCCCCCCACUUUCUGUGGCCGUUUGCGGUCAGGUACGCGGCGCAUCAGAUCAACCUUCACCCCAGGGUCUCCAGACCGGAGACCUCCCCAGCCCUGCUGUGGACGGGGAAGGUUGGUGAUGUGUCGGCGUUCCGGGUCUGGGGAUCUCGGGCGUUUGUCCGCGACUUGUCUGUGGACAAGCUGUCCCCUCGUGCUGCUCCUUGCGUCUUCCUGGGGUUCCCCCCUGACGCGCAUGGGUGGCAGUUCUACCACCCCACCUCUCGCCGUGUUCUGUCCUCUCAGGACGUCCAGUUUGACGAGUCGGUCCCCUACUACCGCCUCUUCCCCUACCGCACCCCGUCCCUCCCCCCACCCCCGCUCUUCCUUGUCCCAGGUCCCUCCCCGGUAGACCCCCUCCCCCCUCAGGGUCCUGCCCCUUCAGGUGUGUCCCAGGUAGACGCAGUCCAGCCUGUCGAGGUUACUGGUGACUCUGGUGCUGCUGAGGGUGCUGAGCCUGGGGGUGCUGCGACUGGGGGUGCUGAGUCUGGGGGUGCUGAGCAUGGGGGUACUGAGACUAGGGGUGCUGAGCCUGGGGGUGCUGAGCCUGGGGGUGCUGCGCCUGGCGGUGCUGUGGCUGGGGGUACUGAGCCUGGGGGUACUGAGCCUAAGGGUGCUGCGCCUGAGAGUGCUGAGCCUGGAGGUGCUACGCUGGAGGUCCUCCGGGGGCUUCGUCUCGCCGGGAGCCACUCUCUCCCCUGGAGCUUCGCGAGUGGUUUGCACGGCGCUGGAGGCGUGCUGCUGGAGCUGGUGGUUCUUCAACUGCUGAGGGUGCUGGUGCUGAGGGUCCCGGAGGUGCUUGUGCUGGGAGUACUGGAGCUGCUGGGCCUGCGGUUUCAACUGGAGCUGGUGCUGCUGCGGGCGUUGGUGCUGAGCCUCCCGCCCGCAGUCCUGCUGGGGGUGCUACUGGUACUGCUGGAGGUUCUGGGGCUAGUGGAGGUGCUGCUGGAGCGGGUGCUCCUUCUGGGGCGUCCUCCUCCUGUCCUUGGCACGCACCAGAUGUAUCUGCGUCCGUCCACUGCUCCUCUGCGUGCCCCUUUGCCUUCUCCUCCUGCGUCCUCUCUUCCUACUCUUCCCGACCCGGAGUCGGACUCUCUUUGUGCUGUCAGUCCUACUGUCACGCGUCUCCUUGCUACUGUCGUCACUGACCCUUCUUUCGAGUCCACUACUGCGUCUGCCCUCGUUGCUGAGCUUGUCGACUUUGUUGCUCGCUGUCGCCUAGACUACGCUGCUAGUCUUGUCGCUGAGUCUGAGUCUGUCUGUCCUCCGUCCGUCGGGGGUGAGUGUGCCCUUGGCACGGACGUCCUUGAGGACAGGCAGGAGGAGUUCCAGUGCUUGCCCGCUGCUUCACCUCACCUCGUGUCCGUACUGCUUACCCCUGAGGGAGACCCGGAUGCACUUGACAUCCCGACUCCGCACUCUUACGCGGAGGCGAUAGAGGGUCCCUACUCUUCUCAGUGGCAGGCAGCUAUGGAUGCAGAGAUGGUGUCCUGGAAGUCCACAGGCACCUACGUUGACGCUGUCCACCCUCCUGGGGCGAACAUCGUCAGUGGCAUGUGGAUUUUCAGGGUGAAGCGGCCGCCGGGUUCUCUGCCUGUCUUCAAGGCACGGUACGUGGCUCGUGGCUUCAGUCAGCGGCAGGGAGUUGACUACUUUCAGACCUUCCAUCCCACCCCGAAGAUGACCACUCUUCGGGUGCUACUGCACGUUCCCGCUCACCGUCACUACGAGCUGCACUCCCUCGACUUCAGUACAGCUUUCUUGCAGGGCAGCCUGCACGAGGAGAUCUGGCUGCGUCGCCCACCUGGCUUCACUGGGUCGUUCCCUCCUGGUACCCAGUGGAGUCUCUGGCGCCCAGUCUACGGUCUCCGCCAGGCGCCACGUGAGUGGCACGACACACUGAGGACUACUCCUGCGGCUCUUGGGUUUGCUCCUUCUACGGCCGACCCGUCGCUGAUUCUGCGCACCGACACCUCUCUGCCGCCUUUCUACAUCCUCGUGUACGUCGACGACUUGGUCUUUGCCACUGCUGACACUACUGGACUCGCCCACGUGAAGUCCGAGCUGCAGAAGAGACACACGUGCACAGACCUGGGUGAACUGCGCAGCUACCUUGGCUUGGAGAUCACUCGGGACAGAGCACAGCCCACCAUUACCCUGACUCAGUCACACAUGGUGCAGCAGGUCCUUCAGCGCUUCGACUUCACGUACUUCUCGCCUCAGGCCACCCCUCUGCCUACUCGCCACUCACUCUCAGCUCUGCCUUCGGAUGAGUCCGUAGAGUCGAGUGGCCCGUAUCCAGAGCUUGUUGGCUGCCUCAUGUACCUGAUGACCUGCACACGACCUGACCUUGCAUACCCUCUUAGCAUUCUCGCACGCUAUGUUGCUCCUGGGAGACACCGACCAGAGCACAUGGCUGCAGUGAAGAGGGUGUUGCGCUACUUGUGCAGUACGUCGGGGAUGGGGCUAGUGCUUGGAGGGUGCAGUCCAGUGGUCCUCACUGGGCACGCAGACACUUCCUGGGCUGACGACCAGGCUACACAGCGGUCGUCACAAGGUUACACCUUCAGCCUUGGUUCUGGCUCUGUCUCGUGGCGGGCUACUCGCUCGUCUUCUGUUCUCAGCUCCAGUUGUGAGGCUGAGAUCUACGCUGGGGCCAUGGCUGCACAGGAGCUUCGCUGGCUCACCUACCUGCUGACCGACCUUGGAGAGCCGCCUCGUUCUACUCCAGUUCUGUACGUAGACAACAAGGCCAUGCUGGCCUUGUGUCGAGAGCAGCGACUGGAGCACAGAACGAAGCACAUUGCUCUCCGCUACUUCCUUGCUCGUGAGCUACAGCAGCGUGGUCAGUUGCGGCUUGCGUACGUGGCCUCUGAGGCCAACACUGCUGAUGUUUUCACCAAGACACUUGCGCCUUGUGAUCAUCAGCGCUUCUGUACUCAGCUUGGACUUGUUCCUGUCUUGCCUCACUUGCUCACUUCUUGA